AUGUCAAGCGCCACAUUUAAUAACGUGUUUAGGAGGAUUUGGAAUUCACCUACAGGACCAAAAACCGUUCACUUUUGGGCACCAACUUUAAAAUGGGGAUUAGUGUUUGCAGGAGCCAGUGAUAUGAAGAGGCCGGUCGAAAGAGUGUCAGGAGCUCAGAAUCUUUCAUUAUUAUCCACAGCUGUCAUUUGGACUCGUUGGUCGUUUGUAAUUAAACCCAAGAAUAUGCUUUUAGCGAGUGUAAAUUUCUUCCUUGGUAUAACAGCAGGAUGGCAGAUAGGCAGAAUUGUGAAAUACAGACUCUCGUGUGGUGAUUCGCCGGGUCAAGUGCUAAAUUACGUGGUAAAUGGUGAGGAAAAAGUUGUUAAGGAAAGUGAUUUGAAAGCUGUGGCAGCUGCAUGA